CGCACGCACGCACGCACGCACGCACGCACGCACGCACACACACACACACACACACACACACACACACACACACACACACACACACACACACACACACACACACACACACACACACACACACACAACUUUAUGCAUUUUCAUUGUCCUCUUCUAAGGAAAUCAUGAGUUUGAUUUCGGUGUGGACCACUUGGAAGAGCAGACAAAAAAUAUGACCUUCCCUUGGUUCCUCAGCAAUGUGUACGACAGGUUCACCCAUGAAACGCUGGGCCAUGGCAUGGUCAGCAGCAUCCUGGAGUGGAACAGCCUAAAGAUCGGUGUCAUGGGCCUGGUAGAGGAGGACUGGCUGGAUACCCUGGGCACUGUGGACAAGAACAACAUCCACUACACAGACUAUGUGGAGACAGCUGAUCACCUUUCUGCUGAGCUGAGGGACAAAGGGGCUGACCUGGUCAUCGCAGUCACACACAUGAGGUGGCGUAAUGACAUCAGGCUAGCAUCUGAGUCCAAUGGUGUGGAUCUCAUCCUGGGAGGACAUGACCAUGAGUACGGGGUACUGGAGGUCAAUGGCAUUCUGAUCGUAAAGAGUGGCUCAGAGUUCAGGUACCUGUCAAAGAUUGACGUUGUGAAGGACCAGGAUGGGACGUUCAAGUACACCUGUGAAAAGAGAGCUACAAUGAGAGACCUUGAGGAAGAUGCGGAAAUCAAACAGAUUGUGAAAGGAUACACUGAUAAUAUGCAGCAUAUGCUUGGAGAGGUCCUGUGCCACACAGACGUGACCUUGGAUGGACGCUGCGCCACCGUGAGACGAGCAGAGUGCAACCUGGGUAAUCUGAUCACCAACGCCAUGCUGGAGGCCACUCAUGCGGAAGCGGCGAUUUUAAACUCAGGUACUCUGCGAUCUGACCGCUUGCACCCAGCUGGUCCCCUGACCAUGCAUGACCUGCUGCAGAUCCUGCCACUAAAGGACCCAGUGCUGGUGGUGGAGGCCACUGGGCAGCAGCUCUACGAAGGCCUGGAGAACGGGGUCAGCAUCUACCCUGAUUUAGAUGGAAGAUUUCCCCAGGUCUCAGGGAUUCAGUUUGGCUUUAAUCCCAAUGGAAAACCUGGACACAGAGUCAUCGCUAAGACAGUGAAGGUUCAAGGAAAGAGUCUAGAUAGAGACAGAAAAUAUGCGGUGGCCAUGAAAGAAUUCUUAACUAAGGGCAAAGAUGGCUACACUAUGUUCAGUAGCUGUCCUCAUAGGCACGACAUAGAGAAUGCUCAGAUCCUGUCGACCAUCCUCAUCAACCACUUUGAGUCUGGCCAGAUCGUCAGAGGCACGAAGAGGUGCAUGUCUGGCCACAGGAUGGGCCUCAUCAAGGUGUCCAGCAGCCCCUCUGUUUCUGCCAUUGAAAGUACCAAGAGUGAGAAUCUGGAGGGAGAGGAGGUGGGAGUGGCUGUGGUGCCCGGAGUGGAGGGCAGGAUAUUCCAUGUCUACCCUGAGGGCCAAUCAGAAACAGAAGGCUAACAGUGGGUAGGGCUGUUCCUCAUCAGAGAAUUUCACAGAGCAACUCAGCCAUGACUCCAUAGUCACAGUGUAAGCCAGGGGAAAUUACAUCAAGUUUCACAUCUCUCAUCUGCCUCUUGCUUUUUAUCAGCCUUAUAAACAGGCGGACUGUCAAUGAACGCCCAGACAGCAACAUGAGAUGAAGUAAUCCAUUACUUGUAUUACUGUUGAAGUAAUCCAUUACUUGUAGUACUGUUGAAGUAAUCCAUUACUUGUAGUACUGUUGACACAAUCCAUUACUUGUAGUACUGUUGAAGUAAUCCAUUACUUGUAGUACUGUUGAAGUAAUCCAUUACUUGUAGUACUGUUGAAGUAAUCCAUUACUUGUAGUACUGUUGAAGUAAUCCAUUACUUGUAGUACUGUUGAAGUAAUCCAUUACUUGUAGUACUGUUGAAGCAAUCCAGCAGCAAGCAGUCCUUGAAGUUGUAAAUACAAUUUUUUGACAUGACUCAAAAUUAUACCACAUUUUUCCCCUUGUCAAUACAGUUGAAUAUUGACAACUAAUAUAUUACAGAAAAUGCAUUUAUUUUGAAUGAUCAUUUUGUGGCAUAUACGGUGGCAAUGUAUAAGGAUUUGAACGGAGAAGGAGUGAGCAAUAGUGUACAUGUGUUCAUGACAACAUUUUAGUAAAAAGGAAAUGA